GUGGGAGAGAGGAGGUGUUGAGUAUGGACAGGGAGUGAGGAUACUGAGAGCAGGGUGAGUGUGGAGGGAGGAGAGUGGACAGGUCAGUGGGGAGAGAUUUCAAUGCUUAUUGCUCCUCUCCUGGUGAUAACGUGCCUUAGAGCUCCUCCUGGGCACUAGGUUAAAAAGCACAGGCUGAUGAAGCUUGGGAAUCAUGAAAUCAGGGUUUGACUGAGUGUGUCUGAAGGCCGCCCUCAGCCCUGCACUGCAGUAUGUGAGAGAGAAGCAGCAGCAGCAGCAGCUCUGUUAGCAGAGAAGCCCAUACAAACAUCAGCAAAGGGGGAGGAGGAUGCCUUACUGUUAAAGGACCAGAGCUACCUUCAGAUGCUUCAUCCUGGAUCAUUGGAAUAAAGCACAAAGCCUCAGCCUCCCUCCCUGGAAUACUGCCCUGAGUUCCAGGGAAGAUGUGAUGACCCGCAGGUGAGCAGCCUCCAACAUGAGAGUGGCUGGAUGUGACAAUGUUGUAGGAGUCUUCCUACUUCUGCAGCUCAAGACCUACGUCCGCUCAGAAAAUGUGGAGCCAUUUCCUCUUCUCAAUGGGCGCCCUCGGCCCGUGGUCUCCCUAGAGGAGAACGUCACGAAGGAGUUUACCUGCAGGAUGGAUGGUUGGAAGUCUGUGCCUGUUGUCACCUGGUACCUCAACGGUAAAAAGCAGAUGAGCAACCAGACACUACUGAUCCCCAGCUCCAGCAAGACCAUUAAUCAGAGUUUCAGCUCCUUCGUGAUCACCAGCCAUAGGAAGGACAAGGAGCUCAACUGUUCAGCAACUGACCGGAUCACUGGGAGAACCCAGAACGCCAGUGUCGUCCUCAAUGUGCAGUGUAAGCACCAGGAAAUCACCCCCAACCCCUCCACGAGGCUUCUUAACUGGUUUAAACCUGAAAUUGUGCAGAUGGAUACUGAGUACAGGGAACGCAAUGACUCGGGCCUGUUCCUUGCCCUUUUCGUCCUGGUUCAUGCGAACCCUCCAGCCUCCAUUACCUGGGUGGACGAGAGUGGGCAUGUCGUCGUGAACACCUCCCACUUCAUGAUCUUGGACACCAAGACAUACCCAUGGUUAACCAAUCACACGGUCCACGUGCAGGUAUCCAGCCUGGCUAAAAACUACACCUUCACCGCUGGCAAUGAGUUUGGUGCAACCAAAUCUUCCUUUUCUUUACCAGGUUUCUUCCAUUCACGUGUCGAAGUCCCUGUUGUAGUUAUUCUUCUUGGAGGAGUUGUCGGGCUCCUCAGUAUCCUGCUGCUCAAUGUUAUUGUUCUGUGUGCUGUAUAUCGGAGGAGGAAGGGGCGAGCAGAUCUCAAGUCUGUCGCUGACUCAGCUGUUCACAGUGAAUCCACAAAUGUUAAAUGUGAAGAUGCACAGAUCCCAAGAGAAACCAUUUCCCUUCAGUCAAACCUGCAGCUGAAUCCAGACUUGAAUAACCUGAACCAACCUCCUGCCGAGCCAGGCCCAGCAUCAAGACAUCUGUCGGAAAGCCGAGCAGCUUGUGAAGAUCUCUCGGAUCAGGAGAAUGUUACAGUUGCGGACUCUAGAGGAUUUGUUCAUUUCCCGACGUAUGGAUAUAUCUACAAAGUCUCCAGUGUGAGCAGUGAUGAAAUCUGGCUUUAAGCACGUCCUUCCCUUGCUGAGUUCUCGAGGGACCAAUCUGUCCCAUAAACGUUGGGGCUUCCAAACUGUGAGGACCAUGAUCUGCUUUACCUGAAAAGAGCCCUCAAUGGCCCAGUCAUCACCAUUCACCCCCUGGGGCUGCUGCUGAGGCCCUGUGUGACUGAAGCUGCAAGUUAAUGGAUGUUUAAAACAGGUGUGGCCCCCUACCACACAGUUAAUCCAAUCCAGUCAUUCACUAAAGCAAUGAGAAACAAUUUGAGUUAAACUAUUUUUCUGUCUGUUUUGGGGAACCAUUUUGAAUCGUAUCACUCAGAACGAGGCCAUUUCCAGUGCAUGACUCAAUCCUGAUGAGAGAUACUUUAACAUUUAAAUUUCAAAACUAACACAAGCUGAAAAGCCAUUUUUGUUUGUUGCUUUUUUAAUCAUUAUCUUUUAACAAGUUGUGCUGACGUAGUAAUAUUCGUGCCACACAAGUGCCAGACAAUGACCAUCUCCGAUGAGACAAGAAUCGGGCAGCCCUGUGGCUCAGAGGUUAGCACUGCUGUCUCACAGUGUCAGGGGCCUGGGUUCGAUUCCACGCUUGGGUGACAGUCUGUGUGGAGUUUUCACAUUCUCCCUGGGUCUGCGUGGGUUGCCUCCCAUACGCUAAACUGGCUAGGUGGAUUGACCAUGCUGAAUUGUCAAUAGUGUUCAGGGAUGUAUAGGCUCGGUGGUUGAUGCAGUUACAAAGAGCGGGGGAAGGUGGGUCUGUGGAGAAUGUCCUUUGGAAGGUCAGUGCAGACUUGAUGGGCUAAGUCUGGGGUGGUACGGUGGGUCAGCGGUUAACACUGCAGCCUCACAGCACCAGGGACCCAGGUUCGAUUCCACCCUCGAGCGACUGUCUGUGUGCAGUUUUCACAUUCUCCCUAUGCCUGUGCGUGUUUCCUCCCACAAUCCGAAGAUGUGCAGGCUAAGUGGAUUGGCUAAAUUGUCCGCAGUGUUCAGGGAUGUGGAGAUUAGGCGGAUUGUAGGGGGAUGGGUCUGGGUUGGGUGCUACAAGGAUCAAUGUGGACUUGUUGGGCCGGAGAGCCUGUUGCCAUGCUAUAAAGAUUCUAUGAUUCAAGUGGCCUCCAUCUGCACUGUGGAGAUUCGAUGUUUCUAUGAAAAUCUAACUAUCUCCUUUUCAAUUUCAACAAUAUUCACUGAAUCCAGAAUAAACAUUCUUCAACUGGACUGGUCGUGUAAACACAGUGAUGACAAGAGCAGGUUAGAGACCAGGAUUUCUCUGGCAAGUUUUUCACCUCCCGAUCCACGAAAAGCCUGUCCACAUCAAGGCCCACAUCAGGAGUGUGUUGGAAUACUCCCCACUUGCCUGGAUGGGUGCAGCCCCAAUAACACUCAAGAAGCUUGACACCAUCCAGGACAAAGCAGCCCACUCGAUUGGCACCACAUCCACAAACAUCCACUCCCUCCACCACUGACGCUCAGUAGCAGCAGUGUGUACUGUUUACAAGAUUCAGUGCAGAAAUUCACCAAAGAUUCUUAGACAGUACCUUCCAAACCCAGGACCAUUUACAUCUAGAAGGACAAGAGCAGUAGGAACAUGCGAACACCACCACCUUCAAGUUCCCCUCCAAGCCACUCACCAUCCUGACUUGGAAAUAUAUCGCCAUUCCUUCACAGUUAUUGGGUCAACACACAGCACGGUGGCUACCGUGGUUCGAGAAGGCAGCUCACCCCCACCUUCUCUAGGAGCCAUUAGAAAUGGGCAACAAAUUUUGUCCUUGCCAAUGAUGCUUGUAUCUCAUGUACAAUAAAAUGAAAGUCCCAAGUUACCUCAAAGAAUCACUCAAAACAAAAUUUGCCUCAAAGGUAUUAGGGACGAUGAUCAAAAGUUUCUUCAAAGAGCUAGGUUUUAACAAGUGUCUUUGGAGCGACUCUGCACUGAAGCCCAUUCAGUCCCGUUCCUCCUCUAGUCAUAGUCAAUGUAAAUCAUGACCAUAACCAUGAGCUGGCUGAUUGUGUCAGUCUGGGGUUGUAUCUGCUUUAAUAGUAGAAUCUGUUCAGCCAGAUGUCUUCCAUUGAUGACAAUAGCAAGUUUAUCACAAAUAAAACUCAUGCCUGCAAACAUUUAUUGAAAUAACAAAGUUGGCUAUGUAAAGAUAGCUGGAACACGUGUUCUGAUAUCCUAAACUCAGCAUGGGGCAAACAUGGAUAACAGACAAUUUUUUUCUUCUUUACUCAUGGAACGUCUGUGUCUCGGGCUGGGUCAGCAGUUAUUGUCCAUGUUGUAGGCCUGGAGUCAUAUAUAGGCCAGAGGAGGUAAGGAUGACAGAAUUCCUUCUCAACAGGCAUUAGUGAUGUGCUUUUCCCCAACAAUGACUUCACUGCCAUCAUUAUAUCCUUAAUUCCAGAUUCUUUAUUGAAUUGCAAUCCUACCGUCUGGAAUUUGAACCCAGGCCCCCAGAACAUUAGAUAAUAAAAUGUGAGGCUGGAUGAACAC